AUGCCCCUAGCAGGGACUCCUGCUCCUGCCAAAAGGAAAAAGUCCACUAAGCUCAUUGGGAAGCUGACACACGAAGACAUGCCGCAGGAGGUGUCCAAGCUGAACCUGGGCAAGAAGAUCAGCAUCCCCCGAGAUGUGAUGCUGGAGGAGCUUUCUCUCCUCACUAACAAAGGAUCCAAGAUGUUCAAACUACGUCAGCUGCGGGUGGAGAAGUUCAUUUACGAGAAUAACCCCGACGCCUUCAUCGACAAUUCUGUGGAUCACUUUCAGAGGUUCAUCCCCUCAGGAGGGCACUACGGGGGAGAUGCUCAUGGCUAUGCCCACGGGCGCAUGGUAGGAGGAGUAGCAGCAGGGCAGCAUGGCUCCGGCAAGCACCACUAUCCCCCAGUUCCUCCCAGGCCUGGGAGCAAAGGAGCCCAUGGGGACGGUGAAGGGGAUCAUGCCGGGGAAUCGGCUGGAAGCGGUGGAGAAGGAGGCGAUGGUGCAGACAAAGAUGGCAAAUCAGGAGGGAAAAAAGUCGCAAUCUUUAAAACUUACAUCUCCCCCUGGGAGCGAGCAAUGGGUAUCAGCCCUCAGGACAAAUGUCACUUCACCAUUGACUUACUGUCAUAUGGUCCCAAAGCUGAUCUCCCCCACUACAAGUCUUUUAAUAGGACUGCCAUGCCUUAUGGGGGCUAUGAGAAAGCAGCCAAACGAAUGACCUUCAAAGUGCCUCAGUUUGAGAUUGGCCCUUUGCUUCCAGAAUCUAUCAUGUUAUACAACCAGAAUUUCAGCAACAGACCCUCCUUCAACAGAACUCCAAUACCCUGGAUGGCUUCAGGAGACUCCUCUGAUUACCAUAUUGAGGUCAACGUGCCAAGGAGCGGUGAAACAGAAGAGCUAUAAAUCCCU